AAGUAUGUACCUGAGAAAGUUUGGCACUAGAAAAUAUUGCACUAAGCCAAAGCUUGACCUCUAACCUCCCCAAACUUCUGAAUGUGUGCUGCAGACGUAAAAGCAGACUUCAACAUGACAGAGAAAACCAAAGCUACAGUUGAGGAGGCUCAACCCACUCUUGGGGUGCACUGUUUCUCGGAGAGAGUUUUUGAACAGGCUGUUCACUUUCAGGUAUUAAAACUCAAGGACAGCUUUUUCUUAUGGGUCGGCUUGCAACCUUCAAUGGCCAACUUAGCCGUCGCACUGCCAGCAAGAUUUGACUCCAUUCCGUCCACCUCUGCCCUUCUGGGGGAAUUUUCGGACACAACAUCCUGCACGCUGGCACAGAAACUCUGUAAACACACGGGUAAACAAGUGUUUGUCAGUUGCAACCUUCCGACGCAGGAUGGGAUGUUUCUGGUAGAGGUGGAGAAGAGAAUUCACAAGGAAAUCAAGGACAACCCAGAAAAGUUCUGGUUGUAACAAGGACAAUACACAGGUAGUAUGGACCAAGGGCUGGCAACCCCCUGUAUCAUCCAAAAAUCUUUCUGCCCUUUAUGCCACUAGGCAUGGAUGGAGAAGAAGAACUAGAGGCAAGAUAGACUUCUAAGGAUGCACACCUAGAAUUUGACUGCAAAACAAGAAAGUCCAUAAUAACUGGAGAUAUGUAUUGUUAUUGUAUCAUUUUAUCAUCAUCAUUAUCUAUCACACACUUUUUACAGAGUUUUAGCAUAUACACCUGUACUUGAUACUAAUAUUAUUGUAAUGGUCAUUUACCUAUUCUUUCAUUUGUAUUCUGACUCACAAGAUAUGCCCUAUGUACAGUCAGACUCUUGAGCUUUUCAUCAUUGUCUACUAAUGUUAGUAAUAUAUUUAUAACAUAUUGAUGUCUAGCACAAACAUCACAAGUUGUGCAUCUACACCGCUGUCUGGCAAUGUAGAAAUUCUACCUUUCAGCACUUACUAAUGCUAAUUGUCUUGUGUUUGUUGAAUUGAAAUAGAUAAGUAAAAGUAAAGACAAUAAAAUCUUAACAAUCA